GUCACACACAGAGCACAUUUCAUCCGCUUCAGGAGUUAUUCUGCAUCUUUAGCUUUACCUGCGACUCACCUCUGUGGAUGUUUGUGUUUUUCAUCUUGCCUGAAAAAGAAAGGGACGUUUGGUCAGCAUUGUGGUUCUUGUGCAGAAACAUCUGAUGUCCGGCAGUAAACACAAACAACAGAGCCAUGGUCAUUCUUCAGCAGGGCGACUAUGUUUGGCUGGACCUGAAGACCGGUCGUGAGUUUGAGGUCCCGAUCGGAGCCGUGGUGAAACUCUGUGAUUCUGGUCAGAUCCAAGUUUUGGAUGAUGAAGGAAAUGAACACUGGAUUUCCCCCCAAAAUGCCACCAACAUCAAACCAAUGCACCCCACCUCCAUCCAUGGGGUAGAAGAUAUGAUUCGUCUGGGUGAUUUGAAUGAAGCCGGAAUCCUCCGGAAUCUUCUCAUUCGCUAUAGAGAACAUCUCAUCUAUACAUACACAGGCUCAAUCCUAGUGGCAGUAAACCCGUAUCAGCUGUUGCCCAUCUAUACAGCAGACCAGAUUCGACUCUACACCAAUAAAAAGAUCGGAGAGAUGCCUCCACACAUCUUUGCCAUCGCUGACAACUGUUACUUCAACAUGCAACGAAACAACAAAGAUCAGUGUUGUAUUAUAAGUGGUGAAUCUGGAGCAGGAAAAACUGAAAGCACUAAGUUGAUUUUACAGUUUUUAGCUGCCAUUAGUGGACAACACUCCUGGAUUGAGCAGCAGGUACUGGAGGCGAACCCUAUACUAGAAGCUUUUGGGAAUGCUAAGACCAUCCGAAAUGACAACUCUAGUCGCUUUGGGAAGUACAUCGACAUCCACUUCAAUAAGAGAGGAGCUAUAGAGGGAGCAAAGAUCGAGCAGUAUCUUCUGGAGAAAUCCAGAGUGUGUCGACAGGCGCGUGAUGAGAGGAACUACCACAUUUUUUACUGUAUGUUGAAGGGUAUGACUCCAGACCAGAAGAAAAAACUUGGCUUGGGUAAAGCCACAGACUACACCUAUCUGACUAUAGGAAACUGCACUGUUUGUGACGGUCGUGAUGAUAUGAAGGAAUACUCCAACAUCCGAUCGGCUAUGAAGGUCCUGAUGUUUACAGAUAAAGAGAACUGGGAGAUAUCAAAGCUGCUUGCUGCCAUUCUGCACAUGGGCAACCUGACCUACGAGCCCCGGACGUAUGAUAAUUUGGAUGCCUGUGAGGUGGUGCGCUGCUCAGAUCUCACCACUGCAGCUGUUUUAUUAGAGGUGGACUUUAAGGACCUGAUGAAUUGUUUGACUAGUCGAACUAUAAUAACUCGUGGCGAGACUGUGUCUACACCUCUCAGUAUAGAGCAAGCUCUGGAUGUCCGGGAUGCGUUUGUGAAGGGAAUAUAUGGACGAUUGUUUGUGUGGAUUGUUGAGAAAAUCAAUGCAGCCAUUUAUAAGCCACCAUCCCUCGAGCUGAAAGCAGUGAGAAGAUCCAUCGGCCUGCUGGAUAUAUUCGGCUUUGAAAACUUCACCGUUAACAGCUUUGAACAGCUGUGUAUCAACUUUGCCAAUGAGAACCUGCAGCAGUUCUUCGUCCGUCAUGUUUUUAAACUGGAACAGGAGGAAUAUAACCUAGAGAACAUCAACUGGCAACACAUCGAGUUCACAGACAACCAGGACGCUUUAGACAUGAUCGCCAUAAAGCCCAUGAACAUCAUCUCGCUUAUAGAUGAAGAGAGCAAGUUUCCCAAGGGUACAGACACCACCAUGCUGAACAAACUGAACUCUCAACACAAACUCAACACAAACUACAUUCCUCCCAAAAACACGUAUGAAACACAGUUUGGUAUCCAGCACUUUGCCGGUGUGGUGUACUACGAGACAAAAGGGUUUUUGGAGAAGAAUCGAGAUACUCUUCAUGGUGACAUCAUUCAACUCGUACACUCAUCCAAGAACAAAUUCAUCAAGCAGAUCUUUCAGGCUGACGUCGCCAUGUUUUUAUGUGGUUAUGUGUCUGGUGCCAGUCUUGUCACACCAGGUUUACUGCAUAAGGGGGCGGAGACCAGAAAACGUUCCCCGACCCUGAGCAGUCAGUUCAAGCGAUCUCUCGAGCUGUUGAUGCGCACAUUGAGCGUCUGUCAGCCAUUUUUCGUUCGUUGCAUCAAACCCAACGAGUUCAAGAAGCCCAUGCUGUUUGAUCGAGAGCUGUGCGUGAGGCAGCUCCGGUAUUCGGGAAUGAUGGAGACCAUCCGGAUCCGCCGGGCCGGAUAUCCCAUCCGUUACACUUUCGUUGAGUUUGUGGACAGAUAUCGUGUUUUGAUGCCUGGAGUGAAACCUGCAUACAAACAGGAGGACCUGAGAGGAACCUGCCAGCGGAUCGCUGAAGCUGUUUUGGGUCGAGAUGAUGACUGGCAGAUGGGAAAGACCAAGAUAUUCCUGAAGGAUCAUCAUGAUAUGCUUUUGGAAAUUGAACGAGAUAAAGCCAUUACCGACAAGGUCAUUCUCAUUCAGAAAGUGGUGCGAGGUUUUAAAGACAGAUCCAAUUUCCUGAAAAUGAAGAAGUCGGCCAUGUUGAUCCAGAAGAGAUGGAGGGGUUAUUACUGCCGGAAGAAUUACGGAGCGAUGCGAGCAGGAUUCUCACGUCUGCAGGCCUUGUAUCGAUCUCGUAAACUCUACCACACAUAUCACGUCGCACGACAGAGGAUUACGUUGUUUCAGGGCCGCUGUCGAGGUUGUCUGGUUCGACGGGCGUUCAGACAUCGACUCUGGGCCGUCAUCACCAUCCAGGCCUACACGAGGGGCAUGAUCGCCCGAAGACUUUAUAAGAGACUUAAAGGAGAGUACCGCCGACGUUUAGAAGCAGAAAAGAUGCGUCUAGCCGAUGAGCAGAAGCUCAAGAACAAGAUGAGCGCCAGGAAGGCCAAAGAGGAGGCUGAGAGGAAACACCAGGAGCGUUUGGCUCAGCUGGCACGAGAGGAUGCCGAACGAGAGAAGAAAGAGCGAGAGGAGGCCAGGAGAAAAAAAGAAAUGUUGGAUCAGAUGGAGAGAGCUCGACACGAGCCGGUCAAUGACUCUGAUAUGGUAGACAAGAUGUUUGGAUUUCUGGGUACCACAAACUCCUUUCCUGGUCAGGAGGGACAAGCACCAGCUGGAUUUGAGGAUCUGGAGAGAACACACCGGGAACUCCAGGAAGACGACCUGGACGAAGCUCUUCCUCUACCGGAAGAAGAUGAGGAAGACUUGUCUGAGUACAAAUUUGCCAAGUUCUCCGCCACGUAUUUUCAGGGAACGACCACGUGCACUUACGUACGGCGGCCACUCAAACAACCUUUGCUGUUUCAUGAAGAUGAAGGAGACCAGUUGGCUGCCCUGGCCGUGUGGAUCACGAUACUGAGGUUUAUGGGCGACCUACCAGAACCUAAAUAUCACACGGCCAUCAGUGACGGCAGCGAGAAGAUUCCCGUCAUGACCAAAAUCUACGAGACGCUUGGCAAGAAAACAUACAAGAGAGAGCUGCAGGCUUUGCAGGGAGAGGGAGAGAACUCUCACACAGACAGUCAUAAGAAAAGCAGUGUACGACACAAACUUGUGUCACUCACCCUAAAGAAGAAAUCAAAGAUUACAGAAGAGGUGACCAAACGGCUGAAUGAUGGUGAAAAUAUGGUACAUGGGAACAGCAUGCUGGAGGAUCGACCCACAUCCAACCUGGAGAAGUUACACUUUAUUAUCGGCAAUGGUAUCCUCCGACCGGGCCUGAGAGAUGAGAUUUACUGUCAGAUCUGUAAGCAGCUGACCCAGAAUCCAUCUAAAAGCAGUCACGCCCGUGGCUGGAUACUCAUUUCUCUCUGUGUGGGCUGCUUUGCACCAUCUGAGAAGUUUGUGAAGUACCUGAGAAACUUCAUCAGUGAAGGUCCACCUGGUUAUGCUCCGUAUUGUGAGGAGAGACUCAGGAGAACGUUUGUCAACGGUACCCGAACACAGCCUCCGUCCUGGCUGGAGCUUCAGGCCACCAAAUCAAAAAAGCCUAUAAUGCUUCCCGUGACGUUCAUGGAUGGAACCACAAAGACCCUGCUGACGGAUUCUGCCACGACGGCCAUGGAGCUCUGCAGCGCUUUAGCAGAUAAGAUCAGUCUUCAUGACCGCUUCGGUUUCUCGCUCUAUAUCGCCCUGUUUGACAAGGUGUCCUCUCUGGGCAGUGGUAAUGAUCACGUGAUGGAUGCCGUGUCUCAGUGUGAACAGUACGCUAAAGAACAGGGAGCACAGGAGCGUAACGCCCCCUGGAGGCUGUUUUUCAGAAAAGAGGUCUUCACACCCUGGCAUGAUCCGACUGAGGACGGCGUAGCUACAAACCUCAUCUACCAGCAGAUCGUACGAGGGGUGAAGUUUGGGGAAUAUCGCUGUGAUAAGGAGGAGGAUCUGGCAGAGCUGGCAUCGCAGCAGUAUUAUGUGGACUACGGCUCUGAGAUUCUUGUGGAGCGUCUGUUGAGUCUCAUUCCAUCCUACGUCCCUGAUAGAGAGAUCAGCUCGGCCAAAACUGUAGAGAGAUGGGCUCAACUCAUCAUGGCUGCACACAAAAAGGGCAUCUAUACUCAGAAGAGAGUAGAUCCUCAGAAAGUCAAAGAAGAAGUGGUUGAUUUUGCCCGUUACAAGUGGCCUUUGUUAUUCUCAAGAUUUUACGAGGCCUUUAAAUUUUCAGGUCCCAGUCUACCCAAGAAUGAUGUGAUAGUGGCUGUGAACUGGACAGGUGUUUACUUUGUGGAUGAACAGGAGCAGGUUCUCCUUGAGCUUUCUUUCCCUGAGAUCACCGGCGUUUCCAGCAGCAAAGGGGGAAAGCAUCAAGCUCAAAGUUUCACCCUUGCCACCAUUAAAGCGGACGAGUACACUUUCACCUCCAAUAAUGCAGAGGACAUACGAGAUCUGGUGGUCACCUUCCUGGAGGGUCUCAGGAAAAGAUCCAAGUUUGUUGUGGCCAUACAGGACAAUCCCAGCCCAGCCAGCAAUGAUUCAACGUUCCUGGGUUUCCUGAAAGGUGAUCUGAUUCUGUUGGAUCAGGACACGGGUGAGCAGGUCAUGACAUCGGGCUGGGCUCACGGCACCAAUGACAGAACCAAACAGAGAGGAGAUUUCCCUGCAGAUUGCGUGUAUGUGCUGCCUACCGUCAUCAGACCUUCACCUGAUAUUGUGGCUUUGGUUACUAUGACACCGGAUCAGCGUCAGGAGUCGGUCCGGAUUUCCCACGUGCCCAUGAUGGAGAGUACAGAGAGAGUAAAGCCAUACACAUUGGAGGAGUUCUCUUAUGACUACUUCAGACCUCCUCCCAAACACACACUCAGCAGAGUGAUGAUCACCAAAAACCGAGGGAAAGACAAACUGUGGAGCUGCACACGAGAGCCCAUCAAACAAGCCCUACUGAAGAAAUGUGUGAACCAUGAGGAGCUUUCACAAGAGGCCUGCAUGGCCUUCAUUGCUAUGAUGAAAUAUAUGGGCGAUUAUCCAUCCAAACGGACGCGAUCUGUGAAUGAGCUGACGGAUCAGAUCUUCGAGGGCGCGCUGAAGGCGGAGCCUCUGAAAGAUGAGAUCUACUGUCAGAUAAUUAAACAGCUGACCGACAACCACAUCAAGUACAGCGAGGAGAAAGGUUGGGAGCUGCUCUGGUUGUGUACUGGUCUCAUUCCUCCCAGUAACGUCCUGUUGCCGCAUGUCCAGAGAUUCCUGCAGUCGAAGAAACAUCAUCCACUGGCUUCCGACUGCAUGCAGAGACUGCAGAAAGCUUUACGGAAUGGCUCUCGGAAGUAUCCCCCUCACCUGGUUGAAGUGGAGGCCAUUCAACAUAAGACCACGCAGAUCUUUCAUAAAGUCUAUUUCCCUGAUGACACAGAUGAGGCUUUUGAGGUUGAGUCCAGCACAAAAGCCAAAGACUUUUGUCUCAACAUCUCUACUAGACUGCUGCUGAAAUCACCAGAAGGCUUUAGUCUGUUUGUCAAGAUAUCUGAUAAGGUGAUCAGUGUACCUGAGGGGGAUUUCUUCUUUGACUUUGUCCGGCAUUUGACUGACUGGAUAAAGAAAUCUAGACCAGCUAAAGACGGUAUAGUUCCUUCACUGACCUACCAGGUGUUUUUUAUGAAGAAGUUGUGGACGGCCACAGUUCCAGGGAAAGACUCUUUUGCAGACUCUAUCUUUCAUUAUUAUCAGGAAUUACCCAAGUAUCUUCGUGGAUAUCACAAGUGCUCCAGAGACGAGGUUUUCCAGCUUGGUGCCCUGAUCUACCGAGUCAAAUUUGAAGAUGACAAAUCCCACUUUCCCAGCAUUCCCAAAAUGCUAAAGGAGCUCAUUCCUCAGGAUCUGAUACGCCAACUCUCACCGGACGACUGGAAGAGGUCAAUUGUGGCAUACUUCAACAGACACGCUGGUAAAUCAAGGGAGGAAGCCAAACUAAUGUUUCUCAAGAUCAUUUUCAAAUGGCCCACGUUUGGUUCUGCUUUCUUUGAAGUGAAGCAAACCACCGAGCCAAACUUUCCUGAGAUACUGCUGAUAGCCCUAAACAAAUAUGGAGUCAGUCUGAUCGACCCCAAAAACAAGGAUAUUUUAAUCACGUAUCCCUUCACGAAGAUUUCCAACUGGAGCAGUGGAAACACAUAUUUCCACAUUACCAUUGGAAACCUGGUUCAGGGCAGCAAACUUCUGUGUGAGACAUCACUGGGUUAUAAAAUGGAUGACCUGUUGACGUCCUACAUUAGCCAGAUGCUGACCAGUAUGAGUAGGCAGCGUAACACUCGCGCUCAAAGCAAGUGAACGUUUGAUUGGCUCGAGGCCGCAGAGCUGGUGCGUCUGCUGCGCCCUAUUGGUCGGCCCUGCAGUUGGGGGCGGGCCUUUGCCGCCCAGCUGUGGCGAAUGAGCCGUACGCCCUCUGCCAGCUCUCAGGGCUCGAUGUACCCCGAUGAUAACUCUUCAUCUGCCUCCAGUGAGGAUGACUACCUCUGAGCAGCUCUAGAAAGCUUUGCAUAACAACAUCUGAAAUAUAUUUGUGUAUCAGAGUUUGUGUCUAUUGUUAAAUGACUGUAUAUUAUAUUAUAUGUGGUAAUGCACAUUUACCAAGUCUAUGAACUGAAUGGCACAUAUGCAUCCCGAAACAUUUUUAGCAUUUUAAAAAUAUCAUUUUUGAUGUCUUCCUCACAGUAACAGCUCGUAACGUUGAAAUAUUUAUGUUUGUAAAUAAGCUGCAAAAGUCUUUUUGGUGGUCUUCAUGAAAGCAAAAAUAUUGCUUUUAUGACUUUGUUUGUGUUUAUUUUAUGCAACUCGGGUUUUAUUCCGAUUCACAUUUUUUUUUAUAUUGUUACACUGAAUGCCUUAAUACUUUUUUGUAAGACGAGUAAGUUUGUUUUUGCAGCCUGUAUUAAAGCACAUAAUUUCAGUUUACAUGAUCAUCUCUGGAUCAGCCUACAUAUAUUUUCAGAUGAUGUUAAGAGAAAUAUAAAGGGUGUUUUGAAAAUUUAUAAAAAAAUUACAUCAUCUACAUGGACUUAUGCAUGUUCAAGACUGAUAUGGUGAAUGUUUGGGAUAUUUCAGUGGCAUAAGAAAUCUGUGAUUGAAAACCUUUUGGUCUUUUAUCAUGAGUGUAAACAUGGUUCCUGUCUUUGUCCAUUGUAAUUAUAAAUUUAAUUUAUCAACUUAAUUUAUGGCCUUUAUUUGCACUGAAAUUGGAUGACACUGUAAGAGCUGAAUUCAACUAAACUACACUGCAAAAAAUGAUUUUCAAGAAAAAAAUUCUUAGUAUUUUUGUCUUGUUUUCAGUAAAAAUAUCUAAACAUUCUUAAAUCUUGAUGAGAAA